GGACAGGAACCAGCCUAGCAGCCUAUUUCACCAGGAGCCCCUGGCAGUGGAUCACCCAGGACUGACCAUCCCCCACACCCUGCCACAGCUUCAAGGACCCUUGAGAGCAGGACCCCAAGACUGGCACUCUGCAGGAAUGCAUCUGCCGGUGCAGGCUCUGCCAGGCCCCACUCAGUCAGGGGCCAGAGCUGGCCCUUCUCCGCCUCUUGGUGACCCUCUUGGCCAGUGGCUCUGAGCUUCUGGGCCUCCGGCCCCUCCCCUCUCCCACUCUCGGCUGUGUGCUGACUGGAGCCUGGAAGCCAUCCACAGUGGCUGGGAGAGGGGCAGGCACUGCAUGGACGACUCUAAGAGCUCUCAGAGAUCUCAGAAUCCUCCCGCUUUGGAGCCAGAAGAAACAAUCUGCCAGAGGAUCUGUCGCUGCUGUGGGCUCCAGCAGGGGCCAAAGGAGCUGGGGGAGUCAUCAGCGAGGGCCAGCCAUCUCAAGGGAGGCCCAACUGAUUACAGGCCCAGAGAGUGGAUGCCUGUAGGAAACUGGGCUCCAAGGGGACCCAAGGAGGGGCUGGUGGCCACACACCCCUGCCCCCUGGCCCUGUGAUCCUCAUGCCCACCCUGCAGUUACUCCUGCUGUUCCUGCCUCUAUUCUUCAUUGUCCAGCUGACGUCAGGGGUCAGUCUGCUGCCAGAGCCUGGAAGCCACCCUGGAGUAUGCCCCAACCAACUGAGCCCCAGCCUGUGGGUGGAUGCCCAGAGCACCUGUGAGCGGGAAUGCACUGGGGACCAGGACUGCACAGCUGCUGAGAAGUGCUGCACCAAUGUGUGUGGGCUGCACAGCUGCGUGGCAGCCCGCUUCCCUGAUGGUGGCCCAGCUGCACCUGUGACAGCAGCCUCCUGUGAGGGCUUUGAGUGUCCACAGCAGGGUUCCAACUGUGACAUCUGGGAUGGGCAGCCUGUGUGCCGCUGUCGUGACCGCUGUGAGAAGGAGCCCAGCUUCACCUGUGCCUCUGAUGGUCUUACCUACUAUAACCGCUGCUACAUGGAUGCAGAGGCCUGUCUGCGUGGCCUCCACCUGCACGUCGUGCCUUGCAAACACAUCCUCAGCUGGCCACCCAGCAGCCCAGGGCCACCAGAGACCACUGCCCGCCCAACACCUGGGGCUGCCCCAAUGCCGCCUGCCCUUUACAACAGCCCUUCCCCACAGGCAGUACAUGUAGGGGGCACAGCCAGCCUCUACUGCGAUGUCACUGGCCGUCCACCACCUGCUGUCACCUGGGAGAAGCAGAGCCACCAGCGGGAAAACCUGAUCAUGCGCCCUGACCAGAUGUAUGGCAAUGUGGUAGUCACCAGCAUUGGACAGCUGGUGCUCUACAAUGCCCGGCUUGAGGAUGCUGGCUUGUAUACCUGCACUGCACGUAAUGCCGCUGGCCUGCUGAGGGCUGACUUCCCACUCUCUGUGGUCCAGAGGGAACCAGCCAGGGAAGGGACCUCUGGCGCUUCAGCCCUGGCUGAGUGCCUACCAGACACGCAGGCCUGUGCUGGUUCCACCUCCCCAAAACGAGUCCUCUGGCACUUUGAUCCACAGCGGGGUGGCUGCAUGACCUUUCCAGCCUAUGAGUGUGCUGGGACCUCUCAAGGCUUCACAACAUAUGAGGCAUGCCAACAGGCCUGUGCCCGAGGCCCUACAGAUGCCUGCCUGCUGCCAGCUGUGCAGGGUCCUUGCCAGGGCUGGGAGCCACGGUGGGCCUACAAUCCACUGUUGCAGCAGUGCCAGCCCUUCACCUAUGGUGGUUGUGAGGGCAAUGGCAACAAUUUUGAGAGCCGUGAGAGCUGCGAGGAGGCCUGCCCUGUGCCUCACUCACCACCCUGCCGGGCAUGCCGCCUCAGGAGCAAACUAGUGCUGAGCCUGUGCCGCAGCGAUUUUGCCAUUGUGGGGCGCCUCACAGAGGUGCUAGAGGAGCCUGAGGUGGGCGGCGGCAUUGCCCGAGUAGCCCUUGAUGAUGUGCUAAAGGAUGACAAAAUGGGCCUCAAACUCCUGGGCACUAAGUACCUGGAGGUGACACUGAGUGGCAUGGAUUGGGCCUGCCCCUGCCCCAAUGUGACAGUUGGUGAUGAGCCACUGAUCAUCAUGGGGGAAGUGCAUGAUGGCGUGGCCAUGCUGGAUGCUAGCAGCUAUGUCCGUGCUGCCAGUGAGAAGCGUGUCAAGAAGAUCUUGGAGCUGCUCGAGAAGAAGGCCUGUGAGCUGCUCAUCCGCUUUCAGGACUAACUGUGUUGUCCCUCCCACUCGGGACUAGCGUCCUUCCCCCAUCUCCUCUUGCCCAGACUAGCCCUUCCUGCCUCCCUUCCUACUGAAUAAAGGCUCUUCUCAUCUUUGGA